CGGGAGGGCUGGGGGGAUGAAAUUUAAUCAGACGGAAAGCGAGGUCGUGUACUCGGGAAAAGGCUCCGCGGUGUAAGGCGAGCGCUGGUGCCCGGCCGAGGUCAUGAGCUCGCCGGGAGGAUGAGGAGGACUGCGGGCAGGGCACGGCUGUGAGAGGAGAAAAUGGGAUCCCGGGAGAGCAGGAGCCAGGCCUGGGGACCAGUGUGUGCCUUUGCAGUCAUCCCUGCUCGGGAGAGACGAGCUCGGGCUGGAACCGCCUGUCCAGUGAUUCCUGAGGAAUGAUGAGCCCGUUUUAGAGGAGCCGAAAGAAGCUUGACAAGCAGGAGGAGAAAUGAUGAUGUGAGCUAAAAGGAGCACGGCCCAGUUUGCAGCUUUGUAGGUCACUGAAGGAGAAGGCAGGCUCUGCAGUGUGCUGGGGAGCGCCCUGUGCUGUGGCAGCUCUCCUUCCCCGGGCUUCUGAGGAAGGAAUUGGAGAGAGGAGCAGGAUGGAAGAUGACCCCCAGCUGCCCCGCUGUUGCACUUUGAAACUGCCUGGUUGCAACACACAGUUUCAGACCUCGGGGGAGAAAUAUUAGUCAGUAAAUGUGGACAUCCAGGGCAGGCCCUGUGCCUGUCGGGAAUUUGCUCAGCUCCUGGGGGGAUCAGUGUGCUCCUCCUGAGCAGCAACAGAGAUUUGGUGGGAGAAGCCAGCUCCCAAACUACACCACUCAAAGGAAUUGCUUCUCUCAGCUCUGUUGAGGCCUCUGAGCUCUCGCUGCGAGGGAGAGGACAGGGCCACCCUGAGCCAUGUCCAACGACCCACCGCCACCCUACCCGGGGGGCCCCUCGGCACCGCUGAUAGAGGAGAAGCACGGCCCCCCCUCUGCACCAGAGGGUGUCACCCCAGUCGUGGGACAGCCCCAGGGGGUUCCCAUCCCCCCUCCCGAGUUCGGGCCCCCCCCGUAUGAGCCGCCCUCUCAGCCGGGGUUUGUGCCCCCCCACAUGCCCACGGAUGGCUCCGGGCCCUACGUGCCUCCGGCAGGGUUCUACCCACCCCCAGGCCCUCACCCCCCCAUGGGCUACUACCCUGCCCCAGGCCACUACCCCUCUCCUGGUGGCCACACGGCGACGGUGCUCGUCCCACCGGGAGCUGCCACCACAGUGACGGUGCUGCAGGGAGAGAUCUUCCAGGGUGCCCCUGUGCAGACAGUGUGUCCCCACUGCCAGCAAGCCAUCACCACCAAGAUCUCCUACGAGAUUGGGCUCAUGAGCUUCCUCCUUGGCUUCUUCUGCUGCUUCAUGGGGUGUGAUCUCUGCUGCUGCCUGAUCCCCUGCCUGUUCGAUGACUUCAAGGAUGUGACCCACACGUGUCCCAACUGCAAGGCCUACAUCUACACGUACAAGCGCAUGUGCUAACAGCGCCCUGGGAGCCACUGGAAUGACACCGGCCCCGUCCCGCUGCCGUCCGAGUCUCCGCGUGCGCAUCCCUCCUUCGCUUCCCGCCGGCGGUGUGUGUGUGUUACCCCCGGCUCCCUCCCGCUCAGAGCUGCCACCACCUGCCCCGAGCUCUGGCCCUCACUGGGAACAGCUGGAUUGGCGAUGCUGGCACACAGGGGAGGUGGGCCCAGGCCCCGGAUGCUGUGGGAGGUGCCCUGCAGGAGUGGGGGCAUCGCUCUGCACCCCUCUACGCUCCGGGGUGUGAGUGAGGCCCAUCUCCCCUGGAGUAACCCCAGUGCUGGAGGGGCUCACCCCCGUCCCACAGCACAGGGGGUGCCUGGCUGCUGGGAUGUGCUGCAGCCACAGGGAGCCCAGGAGGGAAGGGGGGUACCCGAGCAGCCCACGGCACACUCAGGGGAUACAGCACAGCCCUGGUGGCACUUUUAGGAAGGGGCUCAGAGGGUGGUGCCACACACCGGGUUUCAGGGUGUGUCUCGGCCCCCUCCAGCCCGUCGGCAAAGCCCCUUCCCGAGGAGAGGCAGAGCUGCCUUUGAGCACGGAGAGGGGACUGGCAGCAGCACUGCACCCUUGAUCAGCACCUCCGUCCUGUCCCUGUGGCCGCUCCAGCUGCAUGUGCCCCCUCCCAGCCCCGCCCGCCCCGGGGCAGGGACAGCCCCCG